AUGAGCACCGCUAUCAAAAGGAAGGACAUGGAAGAAAAUAAGAAAAUUAAAGAAAAAAACAAGAAUAUCAUUAAGAGACCAAAAAAGAUAAUAAAAAGAGCACCACAACGACCUGCAACAAUGCCCUUUGACAUAUACAUUUCGUACGGGAAACCAAAUUUCAUUGGACAGUUGGAACGUGCUAAAAAACUUCUACUUCAGGAGAGGUAUCCAAAAAUCAUAGUACACGCUCUCGGUCCCGCGAUUCCAAAGGCAAUAAACCUUGUGAUGCAAUUAAAUGAAAUAACGCACAAUCAGAUAGAAUAUAAAGCAACUACGAAUACGGUGUCAUUGUUUGAUGAUAUUGAACCGGAGGAUGAAGAGCAAGACUAUGAAAUACAAAAAAGAUAUAAUUCCGCCGUGCACAUACAAGUCUCAUUAAAGAAGGGUGUAUUGGAAGGAGGAUCAUCAGCUGCAAAGAUCACGAAAUCCUGA